AAAUGCACCGGACAUCUGUGACACUGCCCUCCAGUUCAUAAUCGAUACUGUCGCCGUGUACGAGCUAUUGAGCGCCGUGAGAAGCCACUCUCAGACUAACUGCUGUAAUGUAACCGAUCCACGCAUUUAUUCAACAACUGAAACAAAUUACGCGGAUAAAACACGACCCGGGAAACACGAUGAGGAGAAAGCGAUAACUAUGAAGUUCGAUUGCAAUGUCUAAGGCUGCAGUGAAGAAACUGCACUGGCACUCCAAAGUGCAGGAGAGCAUCGUACCCCUGGUGGGCAGCUCAGGGGAGCUGGGCAUUUUCAUCGGGGGUGGAGCCGAUUAUGGAGAGUUCCCAUUUGUCACCGCUGCACCAGGGGGAGGGAUCACAGUUGGUGAUAUCAUCUUAGAAAUUGGGGGAACUCCUGUUUUGGGGCUGACCUUAGGAGACAUGCGCGGGGUCUUAAACUCCUGUCCACAUCCAAUCCGAAUCAAGACAGUGUCUCCAGGCUCAACUCUAUGCAAGGAUCUGCGGUUAUAUAUGAGCAAAUGUUUCACACCUGGUUCCAUGGACAGUCACCUCCAACAGGUGAUACGAGAAAACCUCUACCUGAGAGCUGUGCCCUGUACAACUAGACUGCUACGAGACGGAGAGAUCACAGGAGUUGACUAUAACUUUGUCUCGGUUGAGGAAUUUUUCUCACUUGAGGAGUCCGGGGCACUGCUGGAGAGUGGCAAGUUCAAAGGGAACUACUAUGGAACCCCUCGUCCAGUCCACAUCAGUCCUGAUAGUCCCCCCAUUACCUACCAGGAGCACCGGAAGUUGCUGAGAAACUUCCGCACACGUUGCAAGUCCCUCAGCAACCUAGAGAAAGUGGGCGAGGACGGUGACAACAGUGAGGAGGACUCAGGUCUGUCAGGGGGUUCUGCUGGGCUGAGCAGUGCUCCGCCCCAUUUCAUCCCCAGCCAAUCACGAGAUUCCAGUGGAGGAGAUGGCAGUGCCUUUGAGAAUGGGGUUGGACCUCGUAGAAGUGCGCGGUUAACAGGGUCCGAAAACUGGGAGAUGACGUACAGCGACUCAGGGAAUCCCUACUACAAAGAUCCUCAGCUAAAACCGUCCUCUUGGCUUAACCACCGAACUUACAGCAGAGAGAAUGUCUGCAUGACUGAAUUGGCAGAGUUUACAGAUCAGCCGAGUGAAUUGAGAGGGUUCACUGUUCACACUCGUCUGUGUAAGGGCCCACGGGGCUUUGGCUUCAACAUUGUGGGCGGCAGCAGGCAGAGGGAGUUCCUGCAGAUCUACAGCAUCACUACUGGAGGACCUUCAACACUGAACACAGCGGACAUUCUGGUGUAUAUCAAUGAUACCUGUGUGCUGGGUUUCUCUCACAAGCAAGUAGUGGAAAUUUUGAAAGCCAUCCCAGUGGGCCAUAACGUGGACUUUGUGGUCCAAAGGGGCUACCCCAUGCUCUAUAACUCUGACGGCAGUCCUAAGAUGGCCCAUCAUAGGCUACCUCCACCGACCACCACCCAACCGCAGGCCCAAUCUCCUCUCCCUUAUGCUAAUCCACAUCUCAACCACAACAAUGCCAUUUUGUCUGAUUUUGAGAGGGAGUCAUCAAGAAAUCUUAGAGUCCGGGCAUCAAGGUUGAGUCUGGAUGCUAAUGGUAAUUCACCUCCUUAUGGUUCACCACCAAGACAACCAUCCUCAUACCAGUACUCAAAUGGGUAUGGAAGUGGAUAUUUCAGACCACCAUGCACUGCAAGAGGAAUCAGGAGGAUACAGAAUGCAGAGCUGGCCAGUCAGAGUGACAGCGAGGUGGUGUCUGCAAUUGGAUCACACAGGGCCUCCUUUAUUCGCAACCACAACAACAACUCCCUCUCAACUUCUCCACCUCUCCAUCUAUACUCUGGGAAAUCGUCUGAAAGUGACCUUUUCUCGUACACUUCAAUGCCUCCUGUAUCUCGUUUGCCCCUACCCCACACAGACACAAGUUCAGGGCCUGUUUCCUUCUCUCCUGGAGGCGGAAGAGGCUACUCCCAACUUUGCAAACCUCAGCAUGUGCUGCUAACCCCACCUAACAGUGCACAUUCAGACGGGCCUUACUUCACCUUCAACGGAACCACCAGUGCAAGUAGCGGCAGUCCCAACAGCAGUAUCCCAUCUCCCGGAGCGAUGAGCGCUAUCAUUGGGAAUGGAGUUGGGGGUUUGCCUGCAGGUGGGGAACUUGUUCCCGUUGCUUUGGCAAAGUGUGAGAGGGGAAGCAAUAUGGGGUUUAGUGUCACAGCAGGAGGACUUGGAGGGAGACAGACAAUUGUGAAGAAAGUCUGGGACCACCGACCGUGUAAUGGACUGCAGUCUGGAGACGCCAUUGUCAAGAUCAACGGAGCAGAUGUACAGAGUCUCAGCUUUGCACAGGUCCAAAGGAUUUUGCAAGAACACUCUAAAAAAGGGGAGGUUAUUCUGCUAGUUUACAGAGGAGGCCCCUCACAUUUUUCCAUUUCCCCUAAUUCUGUGCGACGACUCACUCCUCCACCUCCACGCUCUGCCUCUGACUCUGAGGUCCUGCUUUCCGACUCCACACCAUUACCCCGUAACUAUAUCACCCCACCCUCUCCAGCACUGGUGCGCUCCUCAUUGGUCCAAAGCACCAGCUUCCUGGAUUCCGUACCCGUCACUCUCACUCUCGAGCCACGGGAUUGGAUGAGUUCAGAGGAAGGCGGGACAGUGCUCAGCCCCAGAGUGAAGACAGAAGAGAAAGUAAAGCCCAGUGUGCUGAAAGGGCAUGAGGUGGAGCUGAAGAGGAAGGCAGGUGAAGGAUUUGGAUUUGUUAUCGCCUCUCAGGAUGUGGAGAAUGGCAAAGCAGCAUCUCUGCUGCCUCACAGGUUUGUGACAGUGCGUCGAGGCAGCCCGGCGGCACGCAGCGGGCAGAUCAGGCCUGGGGAUCGUCUGGAGGCUGUCGAUGGCAGAUCGGUGGUGAAUUUACCUCACAGAGAGCUGGCGCAGAUCCUGAGGAGAGCUGGAAACACUCUUCGCCUGACCAUCGUGGCACGCUCCAGUGCUCAUUUGUCAGAGCGAGCAGACUGUGAUCCUGACUUGAGGAACAGGAAGUCUCACAAGUCAAAACAAAAGGAUGCCUCGCGGUACUACAGUGUGGAACUGGAGAGGGGUCUCACAGGAUUUGGCUUCAGUCUGAGAGGAGGGAGUGAAUAUAACAUGGGCCUCUACGUGCUGGGACUGAUGGAGGGAGGACCAGCCUCACGCAGUCACAAAAUACAGGUGAGUGAUCAGCUGGUGGAGAUCAAUGGGGACAGUACAACAGGAAUGACUCAUAGUCAGGCUGUGGAGCAGAUCAGGACUGGAGGAAGCAGGAUAAAGCUUGUGUUUAAAAGAGGCAAUGGAUAUGUCCCUGACUACGACCGUGAUCACAUCACAGCCGUCUCCUCCUCACCCCAGGCCCUGCAGUCGCAUUUGGCUGCAGUGAACUGUCGAUGGGCCCAACAGGGUGCUACAUCCAGCGUUCCAAAACCAGAGAAGACCAAGAGAGGAUGGAGAGACCAGAGGGAGUGGGAAAGUGACGGAGGAGACUGGGACAGCCCUGACAGUCACAAAGGCAGCAUUCAGGGCAGGGGGCGAAAGUCAAAAGACGACAGGAGGAGUCGAGGGUCACAGAGCUUGCCCAGAAAUACUCUAAGAGGACAUAGUGAAGAUGACGAGCCGAGGGUUGAAAGAGAAGGGAGAGGAAGGAAAAGUGGUAAAGAAAAGAGUGAGAACAGGGCGAGACAAAGCAAGAGCAAAGAGAGGGCGAGACGGGUAAAGAGCAAGAGUGAGGGAGAGAUGGGUAAUGAGGAGAGCAACAAUACACAACCAAUAAAUAAUCAGAGACUUCCAGAGCCUAAAAUGCAAUGGGAGGAAGAGGAGAAGGAGGAAUGGAAGAGAAGGAGAGAAAAAGAAUGGGAGAGGGAAAAGAGAAGAUCGCUCACUUCAGAAAAUGACAGUGAGGAAGAAAGAGAAAAUGAGAGCAAGGCAAACAAGGAAGCGCUUGAGUGGGAGCCAAACCAAAAAACUGAAGGAGGGAUUCCAGAUGAAUUAAAGGGAUAUAUAGAACAAAAAAAUGAGGCAGAAAUGAGUCUCCGUAAGCGUCUACCUUUUUCAGGCGUCCUUGUCUUACCGACAAACAUUCAGCCUGGCCCACUUCGCCCUGUCAGGCCCUUAUCUGGCCUUUCCUCUAAGGGGCCGCAAGGGGACUCUGAAUUCAGUCAGUCACCGUUCGCUUUCCUCACGUCAGCGGCGUCCGACUAUGCAGAGUCUGAGUCAGGAGCCAGCAUGUCUGAUGGUAGUAUUUCUGCAGCAAGUAUCUCUGGUCUUUCUGUAUAUUUAAACGAAAUGAGUAACUCAAAAUCUGAACAAAAGACUCCUGGCCCCCCACUUCCAGGCCCCUGGCUAAAACCCACCUCACACAGGCUCAAAAGAAAGGUUGAAAGGAUACGAUUGGUAAAGAGAGCAAUAGGAAGAGGUAAAGGAACAGAAACAUAAAUUAAUUAGCUGUAUUUGCUAAGGAAAACAUCACUAUUAGUAUUUCAAAAACUUAUGGUCAGGGAUUUGAACAUAACCCUGUACCAAAGUAUUAAACUUCAGUGUAACCUAUCCCGCCUAGAUUGUGCUUCAGACAAGAACGAUACCUCAAAUUGUGCUGCUUGUUAAGGAGAGGUGUGCAAUUACUUUUCUAAGUGAUUAGACUUACCAUAUUUGCCAAGCAGACAACAAAACUGGAAACAAUUCCAUUGACUUGCAUUGAAGGAGGAUGUCAUAGAGACUUAGUGGUGGGCUGUUCUGACUUGGGCCUAACAACCGCAUAGCAAUACACUAAGAACCACUCUUAGAAACCAUUUUGCAUAAACAAACACCUCUCAGAAAAUGUUCAAAUCUAUUUUUUACCAUUGUAUUUUGUAAAAGACUUCAUGUUUUAUGUGAAACUGUCAAGUACACAUUUAAUUACUCUUAUUUGCGUAUAUUAUUAUGACAUAUUUUCUUAUCAUAGGUGGAAAGGUUAACAAUUUAUACAGCACAAAUAAACAGUUUUGGCAGCUCCCACUCCAGCUUGCUUUCUUAUGCCUUUUUCUCCCGUUACCUUGUACCUUAUUCUCCAUAGAGAAAGUGAACUGCUAUGAGCACAUUCAAUCUUUUUUUAGAUUUUUUUGGAGGAAUGUUUAUGCAGUAUGUUGUGAUGGUAUGCAACAUACUAAAAUGUGAAGGGUCAAAUAUCCUCUUUUCUUUCACAGUGGCUUGAGUCCUGCUCUUAGCUCCAUAUAUAACAGGGAAAGACUGUAUGCUGUCAGAUUACAUUUCAUUAGAGCAAAUAUUGAAUAAUGAUAUACAGUAUAGCUUUACCCAUGUUUCAUGUUUUGAAAGAUAACAAAUGUAUUCUGGAUGGUAUGUGCAACAACUGUUACCCUGAAUUCUGCUAAAUUCCCUCUUUAGGGUGAUUCCUUCAUUUAGCAUUGUAAAUUGUUGUGAAUGGUGUGUAUAUGUAAAUGUAUACUGUUAAGAGGCCAUUUAUUUGUCACACUCCUGGGGAAACCUCCUCAACCUUUAUUAGUGUCAUUUUGCUUUAUGUAUAUGCAUUUGUACAUAAAUUAUCUUUCUUUUUGUGUGUUUUCUGGGCCUCUGACAUCUCAGGGAGCAACUAUAUAAACUGUAAGCUUAACCCUACAUAAACCUACACCACACCCUCAAAGUGGCUUUUAUUGUUGCCUUGGUAAUAGAAGACUCCUCCUGUCUGCUGAACUUGGCCUAUGUGACCUUAGAAACCUCAAAUCAAGAGCAGUUUAAAAAUGCAUUGUAAGAUUUUCGCAAAUUUUCCUUUUGACGUGAUUGUAUGACAUUUUGCUACAGAGAAAAAAAGAUAUAACACUGCAUAAUAUAUUGCCCAAUAAGACUUUUCAUGCAGCUAUAUAUAUAAAAUACUAAAUACUGUUGACAUUGAACCACGGAUGAGUCUGUGGUCAAAAUACAAAGAUUAACUAAAGAGGAAAAUGUAAAGGUAUAGGUCAACCAAAUAAUUCUGUCAUUAAUUUACUCACCCUCAUGUUGUUCAAAAACCUGUAUGACUUUCUUCAUCGGAACACAAAAGGUGUUGUCAGUCAGAAUGCUAGCCUUAGUCACCAUUCACUUUCAUUGGAAACAAUUCCAUUGACUUGCAAAAAUGCAAUAAACGUGAAUGGUGACUGAGGCUAACAUUCUGUCAAACAUCUUCUUUUGUGGUCCAUGGGGAAAAAAGCCAGGGGUUUCGAACAACAUGAGUAAAUAUCCCUUUGAAUGAGACUUCUCUUUGUACUUAAAAUCAACACUCUGAUGAGCCCCAGUAAAAUUAAUAAUGAACAGUAAUUUAUUGAUUUCUAGAAAAGACAAGUACAUGCUUUAUAAAACAGUCCUUAUGCUGCUCUUAGCUGUUUUGACCCCGUCAACCAAAAAGAAUUGCAACAUUUGUACUGAAAAUAUAAGUUUGAGUUGCAAUAUUGAGUGGCAUUGUGCCAAGCCUGCAAAGCCUCUUUAGUUUAAUGCACCUAUGGUCAAUCUCUUUGUUUUUAUGGGUGAAAAGCUGCUAGUAAAAGUGAGAAAGAGAGAAUUUGACUGUAUUGUGCCCUUGUUAACUGUAGCUUAAUAUACUGAUGAAAAUUUAGCAUUUAACCUAAUAACUGUGCCUACUAUGUAUCAAUUAUUUUCUACUAAUUUUAAUUUUGUUGAUUAUUAAAAUGCUAUUUUUGUUUCCUUUCCUAUCAUGUCAUCAAACCAUAAAAUCACCCAAACUAUUUCAUUACAUGUAAACUCUCCACCAGAACACAUGUGCACAUUUAAACUAUGCAUACGAUGUUGCCAUUUAAAACCACAGCAAAUAAUUGGGACAGUAUACCUGGCACAUGCCCAGCAGGUCUGGGAUCAGUUCACUCAUGUCAUUCUUGUGUAGGUGGUCCACACACUGAAUAGAAUCAGAGCAUCUUUAAACAUAUCAUAAUGUUCAGAGGAUGAGCCAAUGCCACAUAAGCUUUCACUUAAAUGAGUCCUACACCUCUAGAUUUAUUACCUGUUCAAUCUGAAGUGUCAGUUUUGGGGUUUGUCUUUAUAUCCAUACUAAUGUCUUUGGCCAUAUGUACUAAUUGUAAAUAGACAUAAAUAUAUUAUUAUAAUUAAAUAUAUGCAUAUAAUAUUAUGUUUCUAUUAUGAUUAUAUUGUUAUAAUCUAUUGUAACCCAAAUCCAGAUAACAAAUUAUAUAAGAGUUAUAAUAAACAUACAUGUA